AUGUACCUCUUCUACAAGACGGUAACACCAACUUACCGGAAAACUGCUGCAGGCAGGUGCUCCUACAAGUCUGACAACCGCCCGGCUUUAUCAUCGUGCAGAAGACACGCGAGCAACGAGAGCACUCGGUUGGUGAAGAGUUGGGUUGAGCAGCAAGCGUCCUUAUCGGUACUGCCGAGAGGCAGCAGGCACACCAACCGUGUUCAGGGCCUGUACAGCGUUGACAAGGCGAAGAGGAGGGUUCAAGGAGGCAAGGGAACAUUCGCAGCAGAGGUUGUGAGCACGGGCGUGUAG